CUUCAACCAACUCCUCUCGCUCUCUUUCUCUCACUCAUGGCGAUCAAGUUCGCUUCAAUUUUGGCUCUCUUCUUAUUCGACGCAGUCUCAAAUUCUCACUCCACAGAUGUAUCUGGCCCUCCGAUAUUUACAUUCAGUUGGUUAAACGAAAAAAACAAGUUUAAAACAGGGGAAGUCGCGGGAAUUAUGAUCAAAGUUGUGGGAAAUUUUGAAAAUCAAGGGAACGCUUCAUUAGGGCAGACAGCAUUUAACCCUACUCUUACCGUGAACGGGAAGAUUGGGAACAGUUCGUACGUUUCUGGGGUUUCGUUGGAUCUUGGUGCAGAUAUCAGCACUUGGAAGAUUUCUUUUACUCCCAUUAUGGUUGGAGUUUUCAACAUCGUUAUCGACGAUGAGAACUUCAAAGUCCUUGAUUCGUCGCUCCAUUUUGAAGUCGAACCAGGGUUAAUGUACCCAUCUGUGUGUGUUGUUUCUUGGAUGGGUCUUGCAAACUUGUUUGAAGCCGGGAUGAAUGCAUCCAUAUUGAUUCUUCCCAAGGACGCGUUUGGGAACAACAUUUCUUAUUCCGGGAAGGACAUGGAGAUGGAGAUGCAGGGGGUUUCGCUGUCUCUUCUCAACGAAAAUGGUUCCAUCGCUAGCAUUCUCAAUAUCACACACACCAGGUGGAUUGAAUCUGGUUACAUUUCCAUCGAGUUUGUUCUUUUGACCGCGGGAAAAUUCUUACUGCUUGUGGAGAAGGAGAGCCAAACUCUGAAUGGUGUUGUUACACUACCUCUCGAGGUGAAUCCAGGGCCUUUAGAUGUUUCAAGCUGCGUGAGCACAUGGAAGUCCGAGCUAAACACGUGGCAGAUAUUUUCCAAGAUGGAGAUCAUGCUACACCAGAAAGAUCGGUUCGGGAACCUUGUUUCCGGAUUCUAUGAGUUUGAUGCUGAUGUGGUUGAGAAAGAGACUGGUUUGUCUAUUCCGGUAGCAGAUUUUCAGUUUAAGUAUGUAGAAACAUGGAUCCAGUUGAUGUCUUUCAGCUUAUCUGAGCCAGGAAAGUUCUUGCUCACUCUUUCUGAUGUGGAGCACAAUAAGAGCAUCUCUGGUAUGCCAUAUGAGUAUACAGUGUAUAUAGGUUAUUGUGAUGGAUCAAGAAGUAUAGUGAAUGGUUCAGGGAUCAAUGCUUCUAUUGCUGGGGAGUCUCUUGGCUUCUCUAUAUUCUUGAAAGAUGCUUAUGGUUAUCCUUCACCAAUUCAAGUGAACAGACUUCAAGUCCGAAUCAUACAAGAGACUGAUUCCUCGUAUGUUUUGCCAACCAUACAGCCGAGAGAGACCCUCAAUGGGACUGGACCAAAUUACAAAGCUUUUACCCCCUUGUAUGAGAAACUCGGCGGUGAAGCUUCAGGCGGCCAAGUGGUGCAAGCAAGUGCCUUUGACGUAACGUAUACUCCAAAAAGGAGUGGAAUUUACAAAAUCUUUAUAUCCUCUGGAAACAUAGUCCUCAAUGGAGGCCAACCUUUCAUUAAGGAAGUAAAUGCUGGUGAAGUGAAUGUGACAGCGUGUAGUGUGACGCAAUUCAGUGCAAAAGUGCUAAAGGAAAUCAAGAAUGAAUUUGUGGUCUUGCUCGUGGACGGAUUCUACAAUCCUGUGCCUUCACAGCCAUCUCGGUUAAAGCUGGACAUCACCUCGGCGAACACAUCAAGUUUCACUACGUGGAACUUUGUCGAUAAUAACGAUGGGACAUAUACGGGAAGCUAUCUGGCCAUGGAGGUUGGUACUUACCGAAUGUGUGUAACCUUUGACAAUAAAACUAUCCAACCUUGCCCCUUUGACGUAAAUGUGUAUAGCAGUGGAUACUUUCCAAAAGCUUAUGAUGAUCCAGUCAAUGUGUGGGAAGAUGAGUCAAUCUCUUUUAAACCAUUGGAAAACGACUAUUUUGCAGGAGACAAUACGAGCAUCCUCGGUUUCUCACAACCAGGUCAUGGUUCUCUUCUAAGAGAUGGAAACCUCUUUAGAUACACACCGUUCAAGGAUUUUUCUGGAAACGACUCCUUUCUUUACACAAUAUCUGAUAUCAAUGGAAACUUAGCCGCAGCUACAGUUUGCAUCGUUGUUCUCACUGCUCCUCCUCAGUUUGUCUCGUUUUCCGGAGGUUUGCAAGCAACUGAAGAUCUCAUCAGCCCUAGAUCAGGUGGCUUCUCGGGUCUGGAGAUAAGCUACUCAGACCUGCUUGAGAACAUUUCAGUAACGGUGCAAGCACUUUCUGGUUUCGUCAUUCUCUCUCCAAUGCUGAUGCAGUUUAGGCCGCCUGCAAGUGGAAGGCUCUCAGUUAGCAACGGAGGCGAAGAUGGAAGGCUCUUAACCUUAGAAGGACAAAUAGGAGUUAUCAAUCCCGCGCUUCAGUCCAUUCAAUAUCUCGGAAACGAGAAUUUUGCUGGUGUUGAUUCUCUUCGGUUGUCCACAAGGAACAAGAACGGGAUCAAUCAACUAGAUGUUCCUGUUUUCGUUGAGCCUGUCAACGAUCCACCGUUUAUUAAUGUUCCUCGCUAUAUAAUGCUCGAUAGUAAUGGAAAUGAAUCGCUCAUAUUUCACAAAGAAACAGACAAAUUCAACUUCUCAGUUGGAGAUCCGGAUCUUGCUAAUUUUCCCGGUGGUGAAUCUCAUUUCUUAGUAACGUUUUCCGUGGAAGUUACUGACGGGUUUCUGCUGACAAACUUACCGUCUGAGGUUAUAAACUCAACAGAGCUAAAGUUCAAAAAAGUAUUCCGGUGGCAGCCGAUUCAGACUUACGCUGCCAUUUCUAAACACGUGAAUGUCAAAGCCAGUGGGAUUAGGUUUCGUGGAACAAUAAAGCAAUGCAACGACCUCAUGCAACAGCUGUUCCAUCACGGAGGAGAGAACGGGGCUCUCUUGACCCUGAAACUGAGUGACAUGGGGAACUACGGUUGCUACCUUGAUUGCACUGAGAGAAUUUCACUGCCUCUACACGCGAAGGCUCACGUAAACCUCAUCAGAAAGAGACCCUUGAGUUCCCUUGCAGCUCACGUUCUAGGAUCUGUGAUUGUGGUGGAGUCUCUCGUGGUGUUCUCUCUCGCCACUUUGCUUCUGCUCUUCACUUGCAAAUGCGCAUUUCUUCUCGUACACGAGCGCAGAAGCGAACGCUAUGUUAACAAGUGUUUGCAGAAACCAACGGACAAUGCCGAAUCCUUAAAUAGCAUUGUUUCAUCAAGAAAACCCACUGGUUGUUUCCCGGAGAGUAUCUGGAAUCGCCAUACACAGCAGAGACAAGUCGGUGAAACUUCUGGCAAGCAGAACAAGGAGUUGCCUGAGGUUAACAUUUUCCCGUUCAAGGAGGUAGACAAGGCUACAAGUUGAUGAAUCUGUUAACAUUUUCUCUUCUUAUCAUAUUAGGCUAUUUAAAAAAUCUCAUUGUUUUGUAACCAUUCCUCAUCAUAAAACCAUUCCUCUGUAAAGUUAAUUGUUGAUGCAAUAUAUAUAAAUCCGAUUAGUUCAAA